AUGUCGACAUAUACAUCAAGUGACUGCCGCCGCGUCAGCCCGUGUGUCCACGGCAGCAAGUUCGACACGGCUCACCGAAAGAAAGCAGUGGCCAACAUUUUCGACAACGUCAACCAGGACGCACUCAUGAGGCUCUUCCAGAAAACGGGCGACAUGAAAGCGGAGGAGAGGGUUAGGAGUAUCUUCUCCUUCACCCAGGACCCGGAGGAGACGUCCCGGGCUCUGAUGGCUCUGAAGCAGCGAAAAAAGGAUAAGUUCCUGCAGAUCGCUGGGAUGGUGCGGCAGCUGCUUAAACUGCGUUGA